AUGACAGUGGACCCAACAGCCAAUCGUGAUGCAGACUGCGGCUCCGUCUGCAAUGAGUCGGCGGCCCUGGAGGGUCAGGGACUGCCGGUGCUGGUCGAUGCCUGGCUGGUGCCCACCUUCUUCGGCCUCAUCAUGCUGAUCGGCCUGGUGGGAAACUCGCUGGUCAUCCAUGUGGUCACCAAGCAUCAGCAGAUGAAGACCGUCACCAACUUUUACAUAGUGAACCUGGCUACCACCGACAUCCUGUUUCUGGUGUGCUGUGUGCCCUUCACAGCCACACUCUACCCACUGCCCAGCUGGAUCUUUGGAGACUUUAUGUGCCGACUGGUGAACUACCUUCAGCAAGUGACUGCCCAGGCAACUUGUAUCACCCUGUCUGCCAUGAGUGUGGACCGCUGCUAUGUGACCGUCUACCCCCUGCAGUCGCUCCGCCACCGCACCCCUCGCAUGGCCCUGGCUGUUUCCAUAUCGAUUUGGAUAGGCUCUUUGCUCCUGUCCAUUCCUGUGGCCAUAUACCAGCGUCUGGAGGCCGGCUACUGGUUUGGCCCGCAGACAUACUGCAGCGAGGCCUUUCCUUCUGCCAGGCUCCAGAAAGCCUUCAUCAUCUACAGCUUCCUGGCCGUCUACCUCCUGCCCCUGCUCACCAUCACCGCCUGCUACGCCUUCAUGCUCAAGCGCAUGGGACAGCCCAGUGUGCAGCCUUGUGACAGUGCCUACCACCUGCACGCCCAGACGGAGCGGGCAGCAGCGGUGCGGGCGCGAGUCUCCCGUAUGGUAGCGGUGAUGGUGGCCCUGUUCCUCAUCUGCUGGGGCCCCAUCCAGGUCUGCAUCCUCCUACAAGCCUUUGGCCUCCGCAGUUACGUACUCUAUAAGCUGAAGAUCUGGGGUCACUGCAUGUCUUAUUCCAACUCCUCUGUCAACCCGCUGGUUUAUGCCUUCAUGGGCAACAACUUCAGGAAGGCCUUCAAGCAUGCCUUCCCUGCCAUCUUUCUGUGGCGGACCCAGGUGAGAGUCAGAGUGGGGAACAGAGACGGAGAGGAGGAGGAGGGAGAGAGGGAAUGCCAGGCACCCAAAUGCGACACAGAGAUGCACUUUCUUUCAUCUGAGUCCUAA